CAGCAGCAGCGGGUCGUGCUCGUGCGGCUUUGACACCGUGCACUGCCUCCUGAAGUGUCUCGCGGCCGCUCUGCUCAAAAUUCUGACGGAAUAACUUCUCAUACAACCAAAUUAACCGGCUGCCUGUUGUUCUGCGGUCGCGUUCCGUGUCAGAGCAACAACAGAGAUGUAAAGCAAGUUGCACUACCGCAUCCUCCUCUUGAUAUGCUUCUGACAUAACGAGGAGCCAAGAAGUGACAGAGGUAUUUCGGCAUUACUUUGCGACUUGUUUAUGUUGUUGUGCCUCCGCCAUGCGCCGUUGAAGCUAUACCGUUAUAACACAGACAGCGGCGCAAGGUUGCCCUGUCGGCGGCGACAAGCCCUCGGUAUGGCGUUUAGAAGCCGCGACAAUAUGUUGUUAGAGUUGUUUUUUUAAGUCUUUAUAAGUUAAAUAAAGUUAAAUGCCCAUUGGUAACUGCAGCUUCAUUUGUCGCGAAUUGAGGGCAAAGCAGGCGGAUGCACAUUAGCAACUCAGGAAGGAGCCAACUUAGAAGUGUUUGCAACAGUCGUCCUACAAUUUAGUGCCGACCCUGCGCCUCACCUGCUGGGCAACUAUUGGUACAUAAACGAUGUUUGUAUCGUAAAACAAUAAACUAAUGUCAUAUCAGUUUUGUCAUGUUAGUCUCAAUUAGCGUUUUUUUAUAUCCGUUCUUCAAUAUGCAAAUAUCUCGCCCGAACACGUGCGUUACACACGGGUUAAUUAGCGUGGGCCGACAGGUGCGUUCACCUGUGACAUCAAGGCGCCGAGUUCCGCAGCCUGUCUCGCUGCUCUCGAUGUGCUGCGUUCAAAUGUUGAGCUUAACGUCCUUCGGGACGUGUAUUUAUGAGGCGGCUCAUAGUCGAGGGGACGACCAGGUGACCUCAUAACUGAUGGAUGGCGGGAUGCACAAUGAAGCAACUCAAUGCUAAACAUCAGCCGGGCCGCUGAUCUCAGAUGGAUAGUUUAUGAUCUGUCCUUCGGACGAGGCGACUUCUCUGCUUAAUUGUUUAGGGACUUAAAGACAGGCGCACAUGCAUUGAUACCUCUCUAAUGCAUUUCUUUUGCACCCAGCCCUCAUGUUGCUCAACACAAACAGGCUUAGAUAUUGGAGUAGUGUUUCUUAUGCAUCCUUCAAUGCAUAGAUGAUAUUAGUUAUUACUCAGAAAAAAAAGUCAGGUUUUGAUCUUUCACUGUCGGAGCCAGAUAUGAGGUCAAAGGUCGGGAUCAGCUGCAGUACAGCGCUCUGAAUAUUACUUUUCUUCAUAUUCAUAUAUAUUCAUAUUCAUAUUCAUUUUGUGCAGUCAACAGGUCUUUUGGGGCUCGGAGGGGUUUGUAACUGAAUGAAUUCAUGCAGAUGUAUGUACAGUAAGUGGCAGCCACAGAUUGGUUAAAAUAGUCCUUUUUUCCUCAACAGACGUUUUGACUCGUCAAAAGCAAAGGUGAAACACAUUUUGUUAACUGUAGCUCAGUUCCAGUAAGCCGUGACAAUCAGCCAGCAUGCACAAAACCAGCUCCCUGGAACUAGCUUGCCUAACCGGAAUACAACAAUCACUCAAUGUUGUUAUUAUUAAUUACACCGGUGCUUUCCCGGCUUUGACAUGUCAAACAUGUCCGCGUGAAUAAGGUGUAUACUUUACUUUUCUGUAUCCGGAGUUCUUAAACAGCUGAUUUUUAUGUCUUAGUUCAUUCUAUAAUAAAGAUUUGGGUUUGAUAAGAAUGAUGUUGCACCAGCACGUAUUUCUUCAUUAGGUCUAUGUGUUGUCAUGCAUUGAAAUGCAUAUAGUGCUGAACUAUACAGUGUGUAAUGUUUGAGGACAAAGAAAUCCGGGGGCCAGAAUACAUUAACAUUUCAUUUAUUUGACCAACCUUUUCCACAAAGCUGCAGUAAUGAUGAUAGUGGGCGGAAGCUUUAGGCAAAGUCUCUAAAAUACAUAUAAACAAAACAAAUAUGAGGUAUACUUAUGUAAAUGCUAAGCUAAAUACAUACAUAAGGUUGAUUUCUAUUAUCUUCAGUGUAUUGAAGUUACCCACAUUUACAUACUUUUGUAAAUCCUUGUUUUUCCUUUUUAAUAAAGUAGAUGUGUUGCUGCUAACUACUGUGCUUUAGUCUCGCAAAAGUUUCAAAAGUGUGUGUGUGUGUGUGUGUGUGUGUGUGCGACGGUUGUGAGAACCAUUCUACGAAUCCUUUGCGUGUGGUCCACCUGUCUAAUUCACCCCACCUUUUCCCACCGUAUCCUCCUCCAUCUUGCUCUUCCUUUUUCAAGGCACUGCAGAGGAAGAUGGAUGUCCAGAGUGGCGUUCAGCAGCCGGAGCCCCGCCCUCCGGGCUCUCCUCGGUCAGGGGCCAAUCAGCAGAAUGAGUUGGACGACAGACAGACGGAUGCCAGCGGCCGGUCCUCCCCUGACAGCCACAGUCAGGAUGCGCAGCCAGCAAACCAGAGAGACGACAAAAAACCCGGUGCAGCACUGAGAGGUUAUCACAGCAGCAAGGCAGCAGCCGCCUGUAGCAGUGGGGGUCAGGGGGCCUGGAGCGGCGCCUCCUACACCCGCACAAGUCUGCAGCACUACCUGUCCCACCACCAACAGUUGCCCCAACCCCAGAGCUUCGCCUACUGCCUGGCGAAUACAGCCCAGUCCUAUGCUCCACCCCCUCAUCCCAUGGCUCCUCCCAGCCCAAGCACCAACAGCUGCAGCCAGGGAGGGGCGGAGCAGCUGAGUAAGACCAACCUGUACAUCCGAGGCCUGCCACCUGGGACCACCGACCAGGACCUCAUCAAACUCUGCCAACCGUAUGGAAAAAUAGUGUCAACCAAGGCCAUCCUGGAUAAAAACACCAACCAGUGCAAAGGCUAUGGCUUUGUGGAUUUUGACAGCCCAGCUGCAGCACAGAAGGCCGUGUCAUCUCUCAAAGCCACUGGGGUGCAGGCCCAAAUGGCCAAGGCCCUCCAGCAACAGGAGCAGGACCCCACCAACCUGUACAUCUCCAACCUGCCGGUGUCCAUGGAUGAGCAGGAGCUGGAGAACAUGCUGAAGCCCCUGGGUCACGUCAUCUCCACGAGGAUACUGAGGGAUGCCAACGGGGUCAGCAGAGGAGUCGGCUUCGCCAGGAUGGAGUCCACAGAGAAAUGUGAAGUAGUGAUACAGCAUUUCAAUGGCAAAUACCUGAAAACCCCGCCAGGCAUUCCAGCUCCCACGGAGCCUUUGCUGUGCAAAUUUGCCGACGGAGGGCAGAAGAAACGCCAGAGCCAGAGCAAGUACCCUCAGAACGGGAGGCCGUGGCACAGAGAAGGCGAGACUGGCAUGGCGUUAACAUAUGAUCCCGCUGCAAUGCAGAAUGGGUUCUACUCCUCGCCUUACAGCAUUGCCACCAACCGCAUGAUUGCACAGACCUCCAUCACGCCCUUCAUCGCUGCUUCCCCCGUUUCCACAUAUCAGGUCCAGAGUACGUCAUGGAUGCCUCAUCAACAAUAUGUUAUGCAACCUACAGGUGCAGUGAUCACGCCAGCCAUGGACCACACUAUGUCCAUGCAGCCUGCCAGCAUGAUGGGCCCUCUUGCCCAGCAGAUGAACCAUCUGUCCCUGGGCACUACAGGAAGUUACAUGACUGCUGCAGCUGCCGCGGCAUCUAUGCAAGGGACCUACAUUCCCCAGUACACUCCUGUGCCUCCAACAGCCGUCCCUGUCGAAGGAGUGGUGACGGACGCCUCCGCCCAGACAGUGGCUCCCUCGUCACAGGAGGUGGCUGGCCAGCAGCAACAGAUCCAGGUGGACAGUGCUGUCGACCAUGUUCCUGCUUACUCAUACCAGUCCAAAUAGCGACGGCCUGAGCGAAUGUUCCUGUGACAGCGUUGCCUUGAGACAGAAGGUGGCUGCACUGUGUAUGUGAGGAAAAGAGAAAAGAAAGAGAGAUUGCUUCCAGAUUGCCCAGGCACCAAAAAAGAGACACUUUUUUUCAUUUCCUACCUGGCCUACGAGAAAAAAAGAAAAUAAAAAAGGAGAGAAGAAGUGCAAAGAGGAUGGGGAUGGGAAAAUUGCUGGGCACAGUGCAAAGAAGUGAAAUUGUUUAGUCUGGGAACCUGCCGGAAGGGCUGGGCUGAAGCUUGAAAAGUUUCUCAAAGAAAAUUCUCAACCAAUAAAAACAAAAAAGAAAGAAAAAACAAAAGAAAAUAAAUAAAGAAAAAGGUUGAAUGCGCAGGUAGGCGAUGAAGUUUAUUUUGUAAUUAGAAAACGGGAGACAAGUUUGAGAUACACACAGAGAUUGUCUUCCUCAGAUAUUAAGCUACAGUUUCUUUUCACUCUUUUUUAUGUUCUAGUGUUACAUUUUACUUUUCUAGAUAUAUUCAAAAACAAAGUGUUUUUUUUUUCCUUUCUUGAAUCUUCAUGGCCUUAAUUUGAAGGGCGGCAGAAACUUUUUACAGAGUUUAAGUCUGACGUCUGGUUAGAAAAAAAUAAAAAAUAAGCAAACGAAAUCCGUUUCUUGGACCGCUCGGAGGUACAAGACACUGGAGGAGUCGUUCUAAAGAGGAAAAAAGAAUCUAUCACGUAAGCUGUACAGAUUUAAUAGAGAAGAGCUUUUUUUCUUUUCUUCAUUAGAAGAAAACUUUGAUAAUUAUUAUGUCAGAGGUAACUAAGUGUCAGAAGAAAACAAAAUGUCUGUUGGGGAAAAAGACUUGUGGCGGGGGGGGGGGGGGG